AUGGCAGCGGCUAUUCUCCUGCUAUCCGUCGGAGCGACCUCGUCGUCUCCGCCUGCUGUGAGCGCGCCGUCGCUUCUGGACGCGCUCGGAAUCCAGGCUGAGGUACACCCGACGCCGCUCCACCGCGGGCGGAGACGCCUUCAAAUCCUCACAAGAGAGAACACAAAGCCUCUGAGGUUGCAUCUGGACUUCGGGUCGCUCUACCGCGAGACCGCCGUGCCCUACACGACCUGCUUCCAGGAGGGCGCGUGGUACCGGCGCGGCUUCCCAGGCCCGGAGCCCCCCGGGGGGCCGACCGGCGUCGCUACCUGCCCACGCGACAGCACCGAGUGGAGCGUCGCCGCCGAGCAGGGCUGCUGGGGCCGCUGCACGGAGGCGGACCUGGUGACGCCGGGCGGGCGGGAGGUCAUCGAGCACGUGGCGACGGUCAUCGCCGCCGAGGUCUCCCAGCUUCUCGCCGUCGAGCGCGUGAGCGGCAACCUCGAGAAGGGGUACACCGUCGAGUCGCUCUGCUUGUCCGACUGCCAGACGACGGCGUUCGCCGCCGUCGACGAGGCGUACUGCAGCGAGGGCGUGGAGGCGGACGCCGUCCUCUCCAUCACCAAGCCGCCGGGCUUCGAGGGCGUCGCCGGCUCAGGCUCCGCUUGCGCCACAGAGGCGCGCGGCAGGCCGCUCUGGCGCGCUCCCUAG